UGAUUAGUAAUCUUUACCACAGGCAAUCAACCCAGAUUUCCUAAUUCUAAUCAUCAAUUCUCUAUCUAGUAUCUGACAGUGCUAUUAAAUUAUUAAUUAAUUUUGUUAAUUUUUAUGAACGUGAUAAAAAAACUUAUUUUAAUGAAAUGAAUAGCUUAUCAAAUUUGUGACCAAAAAGAGAUUUAACAUUAAUUUGCUGUUGUUACUUAUUUAAUCGCUUUUAACGUUUACAUUGCCCGGUCGUGUUUCACAGUAAAGUAAUUACUGUUUCUAAACUUUCUAAGCAUGACUUUACCAUUACCUAUGCCUCCGUGUUCCAAUAGAGAUGGUGUAAAUAGUUGUGACCAUUUCGAUUACGCCAGUACAAUGGCGUCUACAUUGUUAGCUCCGGUUAAAACUGAAAAAGAUAUUCUUGAGCAUUCAAUGUACGAAGACGACCCAAACGCAAAUACUCAAUUACCGAAUGAAGUUGGAUCUGAGCCUCGAUGGGGCCCAAGACAUCGAGGGGCACAAGAACUCGCUGAACUGUACAGUCCAGGAAAAAGAUUACAAGAAUUGGUAUGUGUGGUACUGUGUUGCACAUUAUGUGUGACAGCAGGACUCUUAAUGGCUAAAUAUAUUCGUCCUGAUGUGUUUUUAUUGCUUGCGGCAAUUGCUGGUGUUCUAACAGCAGAUUUUGCAUCAGGAUUUGUACAUUGGGCUGCUGAUACAUGGGGUGCGGUAGACCUACCUUUAAUAGGCAAGAAUUUUUUACGCCCUUUUCGUGAACACCACAUUGAUCCGACUUCAAUAACAAGACAUGAUUUUAUUGAAACAAAUGGUGACAAUUUUGCAAUUACAAUACCAGUUUUAGCCAGAAUUGUAUGGCAACUAGCGACAUAUGAUGUUAAUGAAAUUAACGAGAAAUUCCAUUGGAUAUCAUACUGGUAUCUGUGCUGUAUAUUUGUGGCAAUGACAAAUCAGAUCCACAAAUGGUCACACACUUAUUUUGGAUUACCAGCGUGGGUGGUGUGUUUGCAAGAGUGGCAUAUAGUGUUGCCACGUCGUCAUCACAGAAUCCACCACGUUGCGCCGCACGAGACUUACUUUUGCAUUACAACCGGUUGGUUGAAUUGGCCUCUUGAGAAAUUACACUUUUGGUCCAUUCUUGAAAAUAUUAUUGAAGCUUUAACAGGCUGUAAGCCCAGAGCUGAUGAUAUGAAGUGGGCCCAGAAACGUUCCUAGAAAUAGCCUGUCUUUAGUUAGGCUAAAAUGAUAUUCUAACAAUUGUAUAAUGUAAGUUUAAUAACACGUUUAUUUACGGCAGCAAUACUAAAAUUUACGCCUAAUUUUACACGCAAAAUUGUAUUUUCUCUUAAAUUGUAACUGUUUAAGGGUUUUGUAAGAGAAGAAAGACUUGCCCGGUUAGACUAUCUGGGCACUUAAUGUUUAUGAAAAUUUUCUUGAUUGUCAAUUUGGAAAAUCAAAUGUUUCAUAUUUUCGAUGUUUUAAUUUUUUUAUGUUUCUUUUAUAAAACAAACAAACAACUUUCAAAAUUGUAUCGAAAUGUUGUUUAUAUUGGGAUUCCGUUAUUUGUUUUGGAAACCCCAUUAAAAAGUGGACUAACGGUGAACGCCUAAUGCUUCAAUAAGUGGUGUAAAUAGUAAAUACUCUUGGACAAUAUUUGGUGAUAUUUUACCUAGAAAAUACUUUAUCUUGGGAAAACACUACUCCCAGAACCAAAGAAAAUUUUCUAUUAAAAGGCAUUCAUUUAAAGUGUCAGAUUAUUAUAGGAAUGAUAAGUUAAAAUUAUAUUUGUAUUAUCAAGUUCAACAUUAUUAACGUUUAUUGCUGAGAAAUCUAUUUAUAGACUGUCAUUUUCAUUUUUAUUACUAUUACAUCUUAAAAUACUUGUUCCAAGUAAAAGUUACAAAAAAGUUAAAGUUAUCUUUAAAUUUGACUGGCAUAUAUUUUUUUUCAUUAAAAGAUGUCAAACAAAUUCAUUCGACCGUAGGUAAGUUAAGGUUUUAUUGAAAAUUAAAUCGAGAUAUUGUUUCAUUUUGGACUAUGUUAACGAAUUCUCGGAAAAACCUAUCUAUAGAUACAAAGUUUCAACGAGUAAUGAUUGACCUAUACGAGAUGAUAGACAAUAUUUGUUAUUUUCGCUUUUUUUAUUUAUUAACAUGCCAAGGAAUAAAUAUUUAUUAAAUCACUCAAUAUUAUUAGGUCAUAUACGCACAACCAUCUAAUUGCGUGGAAACACUAUUGCUUUUAAACUUUGACGGUCCGACUUGUAGAUUUUUAACUAAAGUUAUCAUUAAUCUGUUUUCACGCUGUUAUAAUGAGACGGAUCGAAAUACGAGCAAAUCAUAUAUAUAUCAUAUAUAAACAUAAAUGCUCGCAGAUCCCUAAUCGGGUGUUACGCGUUGAUCUAAGAUAUUUACAUAAAAAUGUGUUUUUUUUUAGGCAGUAGUUAGUACUAAACUCAUAGUAAUGCUACAGAUGUUACAGUGUUUACAAACUUUACACAAAAUUGUGAGAUUAUAAAUUAUGCAUGUAUUUUUAAAAAAGGUUGUGCAAUAUUUUCUUUAAGGUACUAUAUAUUAGGUAACAUGGAUUUUUUUUGUAUAAAUUCGUUUGUACUUUCAUACGUAAUACAAAAUAUGAUUUUUAGCAUCGUUAAGUAUUAAAAGAUAUACCUGUGAUAUUCCAAAGUAAGAAGACAUUUUGAGCUAAUAAUGUACAAAUAGUCGUUAAAAGUAUUUUUUUUAACCCUUAGAUCGUAUAUUUCACAUAUUUUGCAAAUUAUUUAAGUAUAAUUAAUUUGGCUGAAAAUUUCUGAACUUUUAAAUGUAUAUUCAUUAGACAUUGGUGCUAUUUCUGAUACAACUCAAAAUCAUGCUAAAUACAUUGGAUAAAAUACAUUUUAAUUUGAUGUAGGUUAAAUGUGCUUUAUUAAAAACUGAGUGAUAUAAUAAAAUUUCUAUCAAAUAUUUCGUUGCUUCAGUUGCGGCUAAAUAUAAGUAAAUUAAAUUUAAUUAUUAAAAUAAAAAUAAUUUAAUUAAUAAACAAAUCCAUAAAAUAUAAGUUGACUUAUAUGUUAUGGAUUUGUUUACGGCUCUUACUUUAUUUAAAUCUUGUUUAAAAUGUAUAUUACAGAACUAGCACCAAUAUCUAUUUUAGAUGUUAAGGACAAUUUAUUGUGCAUUAAGAAACCUUUUAAGUGCCUUACAUAAGGUCCCAUUAACAUAGCGCAUUAAAAUAUUUCACAGCAUUCAUAUUUAAAAAAUAAAAUUCAUUUAAGUCUU